CGCCCGCCCUCCCGCGAUCGCUAUGUGUCAGCGUGUGAUCAUGGCCACGCGACGCAGGCACUGGGCGGAGCGGCUCCUCGCUGCGCCCGCCCGUUUCGGCGACCAAGGCCACGUGGCCUGCGCCGACGACCUCCCUGACCUCGCCGAAGCCGAGGUCUGGUCCUCCUUCCUCGCGCCCGCCCACGAGGCGGAGGACGCCGACGGCCGCCACGACCCGGAUCACGCCAGCACCCGUCCCUGGGGGCACCGACAGGUGGGCGGCCUCUCCCUGGCCUUCGAGGGCGCGUACCGGGGGGCGGCGCCCUCCCAACGGCCGCAGGUGAGGCACCCGGCGUUGGCAGCGUCGGCGCCCGUGGACGUGCCGGCCUGGCCUCGGUCGCUUCGUGCCGGCUCGGGCGGGCCGGCGCCGGAGCGGGAGGGGGACGCUGACGAGUGGCUGCCGCCGCACGAGUACGUGGCGAGGGCGCACGGGAGGAGCAUGGCGACGUCGGUGCUGGAGGGCGCGGGGAGGACGCUAAAGGGCCGAGACAUGAGCCGAGUUCGCGACGCGGUCUGGAGCCAGACGGGCUUCUUCGGUUGAAGGUCGUACCCACGGCGGCGCCCGAAUCUUACAGGACUGUUUCCGUCCCUCUCCAUGUAAAAGUAAAAAAAAAAAAAAAAAGGAAAAGAAGAUUCUUUGUGUGUGUGUGUGAUUUGGCCGUGUAAAAAUUGGGAAGCACUGCUUGUUUGGCAAUGAGCUUGACGUUCAA